UAACAAGAGCGAAACUCCGUCUCAAAAGAAAAAAAAAAAGAAAAACCUGAAUCUAAACGCUAAACAUCUGCUGCAAGGAAUAGCCCCUGCAGUCGUCUUACUCACUGUUGGCGCUGGGCCGUGUUUUCUGUGUCUCCGGUAAACAAACCUUAUGGUGGACCACUAUUUGAGUAUAAUUAAGUUGAAAAUAAACUGCGCUCAUGAUACUUAACCUUUAAAUACUUGGUGAAGCAUCUCUUAAAGACAAAAAUGUUGUCCUGCUAAACCACAAUACUAGUAUUUCUCCUGAGAAAAUUAAAAAUAAUACGGUCAUCCGCUGCCUACUCUGUAAUGCCUAGAAUUCUCGAUGUUGUUCCAACAUUACGGUGUUGGGUAUUGGGGGGACUAAGAGCCAUUCCAGGUUUCUACAUUCCCACCGUUAAUGUCUUAGUGUCUUUUCAGCUGGAACGGUUCCUAUCAUUCCUCUAGCAUAUUGCCUUUGGCAUUGUUUUCUCAUGAUAUGUUUAAAUAUCCCUCCAUUUCUUGCUGCUUCCUAUGAACCAGUAGUUGAAUUCAGAGGAGAGGUUGGCAGAGGGCGGACAGUAAGUACCUUAUGCUUUGGGAGCCACGAAGUCUUAGAUUACUGAGUCACUUCCUGUCCCAUCCUUCUCUAGCUGUUAGCUGUUCCUUCUCUGCUCUGUACUAGUGGCAAGCCACAGCCCAUUUCUCAUAAGGUCAACGGGCAGCUGCCUUUAGAGGUUGUAGAUUUACUCUAAAGUCCCACAGGGCUGUUCUCUGAGUCUCAUCCGUGCCUGCCAGAGGCUUCCAGCGGAACCUGUGUACCAUGGACACUGUGUCACUGGGUCUGCUGCAUCAUCUCCACCGAGUGCCUAAGAAGCUUGUCCUGCACCUGAACUGCCCGGAUCCACUGGCAGCCUUAUAGGUUUUAUGAGGUGCCGUAACUUGGGGGUGCGUAUUGGAGGGGAUGUCUUUAUGUAAUCCAGGCUACUGAACUCACAGAAACCGGCCCCUGAAUCCCAAGCCCUGUAUUCUUUAUGUUUCAUAUGAAGAAAAUCGAGAUCCAGCCAUCCCUGCAUCAGGAGGGCAGGAGACUGCGCUAUCCACAGAGGUUCACAAGCCGCCCUGCAGCAGCCUUGGCCUCAGGAACGGAGCCUUCAGACGUUCCCAUCAGCCUCCCAGGAUGGCAGCCCCUGACCUGGCCCACAGAGGUCAUUUUUCUAAGGACUUAGUCUGCCUUCAUGAAGAACAGACCCAGGCAGCAGGGAUGUUGGCUGGCUGGCUGAUAGAUUCUUAUCAGGACUCGGUGACCUUUGAUGACGUGGCUGUGGACUUCACCCAGGAGGAAUGGACUUUACUGGACCCAUCUCAGAGAGACCUCUACAGGGAUGUGAUGCUGGAGAACUAUGAAAACCUGGCCUCAAUAGGACAUCACCUGUUCAAACCCAGUGUGAUCUGUUGGCUGGAGAAGGAAGGGCAGUUGAGGGCAGGGCAGAGAGGAGUUCUCCAAGAAUGGCAAGUUAAAAGCAAAGGAUCAGCACUUCAGCAGGACAGAGCUUGGUUCAGAGCAUCAGAUGAGACACAAAUGCAGGCAAGAAGCCACAAUGGAGGGCAGCUCUGUGACCGGAUGCAGUGUGGAGAGGCUGUCAGUGAGCCCUCAGAUCUCAGCACACAUGUGAGAACUCAAAAUACAGAAUACAGUUGUGUGUCUAACCAUUAUGGAAAAGACUUUUUAAUUUCACACCAGAAAACCUUGUGCAAAGCUGGAGGGCAGUUUUCUGUGUUGGAUCAGUGUGGAAAAGCCUUCAGCCCCACUCCAAAUAUUGUUUACCAGCAAACAUGCACUUGGGACAAAUCUUUUGACUACAGCAACUGUGGGAAAGCAUACCUUAAGCAGACAAACCUUCAGAGUCACAUGAGAACUCACAACAGAGAAGGAGCAUGUAAAUGGGGGCAGUGUGGGGAGGCUCUCACUCACUCCCCAGGCUGUGCCACACCUGUUCAAAUGCAUGCUGUAAGGAAUCCUCAUGUAUGUAGGGAAUGUGGGAAGGCCUUUAGAUACACUGCAUACCUUACUAGUCACAUGCAGAUGCACACUGGCGAGAAGCCCUGUGAAUUUAAAGAAUGUGGAAAAUCCUCCCCUAUUUCCUCAAGCCUGACUCAACAUGUAAGCAUUCAUGCUGCAGAGAAGCCCUGUGAAUGUAAAGAAUGCGGAAGAGCCGUCACUGGAUGCUCAGGUCUUUCUCAGCACGUCCAAACACACACUAGAGAGAAGCCCUACGAAUGUAAGGACUGUGGGAAAGCCUACAGUAGGUUUUAUCUACUGAGUGAACAUUUAAAAACUCACAUGAGGGAGAAGCCCUUUGCAUGUGUGGUUUGCAGAAAAUAUUUUAGAAAUUCCUCAUGCCUUACUAAUCACCUUCGAAUUCACACUGGAAUAAAACCCUACACGUGCAGCUACUGUGGGAAGGCCUUCACUGUGCGCUGUGGCCUGACUAGACAUGUACGAACGCACACGGGCGAGAAGCCAUACAUGUGUAAGGACUGUGGGAAAGCCUUCUGUACAUCCUCAGGCCUUACUGAGCAUGUCAGGACUCACACUGGAGAGAAACCCUAUGAAUGUAAAGACUGUGGGAAAUCCUUCACUGUUUCUUCAAGCCUGACUGAACAUGUGAGAAUCCAUACAGGAGAGAAACCCUAUGAAUGUAAGCAGUGUGGCAAAGCUUUCACGGGGCGCUCAGGCCUUACGAAACACGAGCGGACACACACCGGGGAGAAGCCCUACGAAUGUAAGGACUGUGGGAAAGCCUACAACAGAGUUUAUCUACUGAAUGAGCAUGUGAAAACUCACACAGAGGAGAAGCCCUUUAUAUGUAUGAUAUGUGGGAAGUCCUUCAGAAAUUCCUCAUGCCUGAAUAAGCACAUUCAAAUUCACACUGGAAUAAAACCUUACGAAUGUAGGGACUGUGGGAAAACCUUCACCGUUUCUUCGAGCCUAACUGAACAUGUGCGAACUCACACUGGAGAGAAGCCUUAUGAGUGUAAAACAUGUGGAAAGGCCUUCACCACGUCCUCACACCUUAUCGUGCAUGUAAGAACCCACACUGGAGAGAAACCCUACAUAUGUAAGGAGUGUGGAAAAGCCUUCGCUUCCUCCUCACACCUCAUUGAACACAGAAGGACUCACACGGGUGAGAAACCCUACAUAUGUAACGAAUGUGGGAAGGCCUUCCGUGCCUCCUCUCACCUGCGUAAACAUGGAAGAAUUCACAUGGGACAGAAACCCUAUAAAUGUCAGGACUGUGGGAAAGCAUAUAAUCAGUUUUGUCUCCUAAAAGAACAUUUAAAAACUUACACUGAAGCGCAGCUUUUUGUAUGUAAGGACUGUGGGAAGUCCUUUAAGAAUUCCUCAUGCCUUAACCAUCACACUCAAAUUCACACUGAUGAGAAACCUUACUAAUAUAAGGAACGUGGGGAAGCCCUCAGUUACACUCGCUCACGCUGAAGACAUGAAAGAUGUCUUGCUCCUCGGUGCCCGUGACCAGGUCGUCAGCAUCUGAUCACAGCCUGGCAUGCAGGAAGGCACCCGGGGCCCUAGAGCAUCAGGACAGUGGAAGCCCUAGUGUUCUCUCAGGUCUUGCAAAAUACAGACGGUAUCCAGUGGAUAGGACUCUGCUAAUGUGUGAUAGGUGCGGUGUUGCUUUGAGGUUCUGCACAGUGCUGUGACGAUCCUUUGUGAUGUCACACUGGAGAAAACCUUAGGAAGGUGAGGAUUGUUAGGAGGUCGUUUUCAUAUGACAUCAUUCCUCAGCCUUUAGUAAACGCAGGGAUUGACACUUGAAGUAUUGUGAAUGUACAGAAGAUACGAAUUGCUUCUCUGUGUCCUGAAACAUUGUAGGCUAACAGAGACUUGUCUUUCCAGGGGUUCUGUAGAUGUAUUUUGAACUUUUAUGAUGCUGCACUGAUCCUUCUUGGAGUGAUGACUCUGUUCC